CUCUUCUCCCACCUCUCGUGCUCAUAAAAGGUCGAGGCCAGCCUUCUCACAACCUCCUUCUCCCACCCCAAUCCUUGUGGUCCAUAUGACUGGGCAUGUUGUCUUCCAGGUACAAAGAGACUCUGCCUUCCAAGUGUUUCACGAAGCACAAGAGCAUGCUGAUGUUCCCCACCGCCCUGAACAGCCGGCGGUGGAUAUUUGUGAGAAAGGGACUGGAUGACUUCAGGAAAGGCUGCCCGCCUUGCCAAGGUCUGAUCACUCAGGGCCCUCAGGAGGGCCUUCUCCCCCAGAUUUAUCACAGAGCUCCCCGACCUGCCCCAGAGAAGAAGCAGAACAAGCUGCCCAAGGAAGCAGCGCUGUUGGCCAAGCUCUUGGCAGCCCAGCAGGCACAGAAGGCAUUCCUAGCAGAUGUUGAAGCCCGGCUGACCCCACACCCCUUGGCUCUCUACCCGAAUCUGGGAGAAGAUAUGCCUGUAGAGCUCUUAUUAAAGGCGCUGGAAGUGCUGGAUCCUGACAGGAAGCUGGAGGACACGUGGGCUUGUUGUCAGGGCAUCAGGAAAAGAGCGAAGGGACCCACAAAACUUUUAACAAAAUGCUCCACCCAAGUCUACAUGGGACCUCCCAAGAAAACUCCUGUGUCACAUCCAAGCCAAUGGCUUUAUGAAGAAAAGAAACCAAGUGAAGCAGAUUUGCUCCGUGAAGAUAGUCCUUUUCUUCAUGAAAACAUACGCAAAGGAGUUAGUGACUUCUGCAACUGGGCUACAACUAUUGGAAGUUCGAACAUUGAUGAAGAGUUCAUCCUGAAACAGUUUGACAUUGACUAUCAGAGCAAACCAAGCUCGGAUGUGCCCCACACGAAGACUCUCAACCAGGUUCCCUGGGAGCUAAAGAAGAGUGUGUGGCUAAAUAAACUGCAGGAGCCAGACUAUUUCCAGGACCUAGACUAUGAGCAGAAACUCCAGAAACCACAGAAUUCUUAUAAACCAAAAAGGGUGAAGAUGAGGUAUGGAGCAUGGUAUCUGAACACCAAGUUGUGGAAAAAGCAAAGAGCAGAUGAACCUUUGGUUGACCCCAAGGUCUCACAUGAAGCUCAAGAUGAGAAUUUUAAAAAGGAGCUGCAGGAACAGGAGGAGUUACUUGCAGACCUUCACGGAACAGUUGCCUUUAAGGAUUUCCUUCUAAGCAGGGGCUACAAGAUGCCGAGCUUCCUUGAGAAGAUGUACAUCAGGAAGGAAUGUUAAUGUGACUGUAAUAAGACUCCCAUAAAAUAAGUCAAGCAUAGAAGAAUCUUGGGAAGAUAAUUAGACAGAUUUUAUUUACUAUAUACUUGGAUAUGUCUCUCUCUCUCAUUAAACAUUAAACAAAGUUUAUGAUGACUAUCCCACCAUGGAUGUACAACUUUGACUUGGCAACAUCGAUAAAUUUCAUACCUAAUACUUAACAAACAUUUCACAUUGGUCUUCUGCUUCAGUUAAUCAAUAUUUUAUCAACAAUGAGAUCAAUAUUCACAUAUAGUUUUCUCACAUUUUUGUAGCAUUGUCAAUAUUGCAUAGUUACAUCAACUACGUGUAAAAAUAAGUAAAACCAUAAAUAAAA